UUGAGUUUGACAAUUGUAGUCAUAGUAGUCUUCAAAAAAUAAAAAUUGUCGGUCUUUCUUUUUCGUUGUACAGUAAUAUAAAAAAUUGUAAUAAGCUAUUUACCCGCACGCGCUCGGUCCGUCCACGUAACAACUACGUCGUUGCCGCAUAUCUCUUUUCACCGGAGUUCUAAUUGUUAAUCAAAAUUCCUCCAGCUGCGGUAAACGAAGGAUCUUCUCUCCGAACUGCUAAUUGGUGGUCGGAGAUGCUGGCCGCGUGCGAGACCGGCGAGGUGUUCGAUCUGCUCGAGGCGCGCGACUCGCUCGAGCACGGCGCCGCGCUCUACGCCGCCGUGCGCGAGCCCUGGCUCACGCGCGCGCUGCUGCUGUACCACGCGCGCACCGGCUCCGCGCGCGCGCUCGACCUGCUGGCGCGCGCGCCCGACCUGCACGCGCGCCAUCUGCUGGACGCGCUGCUCGAGCAGCUGCGCGGCGAGCGCGCGCAGCGGGCGCUGGCGCUGGCCGCGCUGGCGCCGCUCGUGGCGCGCCGCCCCGCCUGGCUGCACCGCCUGCCCGCGCACCCGCUGGCGCGCGAGCUGCUGCGCGCCGCGCCGCGCGAGCGAGAGCCGCUGCCCGCGCUGCACGCGCUGCUGGCGCUGGCCGCGCUGCUGCCCGCCGCGCCCGCGCUGGCCGCGCCGCACUGGCCCGAGCUGGCCGACGCGCUGCUGCGCCCCGCCGCGCUGGCGCCGCCGCCCGCGACCGCCGCGCCCGCCACGCGCGCGCACCUGCGCCUCGCGCAGCUCGCGCUGUUCCACGCGCUCUACGCCGCGCAGCCCUGCUCGCUGCUGGACGCGCUGCGCACCGACUGCGCGGCCGGCGCCGCCGCCUGGCUGCGCCUCGCGCCGCUGCUGCGCCGCGUGCGCCUGCAUCCCGCGCUCGUCAGCGGCUCGCGCCUGGCCGAGCAGGAGGCGGCGCGCCGCGCGCACGACGCGCCCGACGCGCCCGACGCCGCGUGCGCCGCGCCGCCCGCCGCGUCGCCGCACCCGCCCGCCGCGCCCGCCGCGCCGCCCGCCGCCGGCUCGGGCGCGCACGCCGCGCGCGCCGCCGCCGCGCUGCGCCCGGGCGCCGAGCCGUGGUUCCCGCUCGCCGAGCGCUGCGGCGCCGACUCCGCGCCCAACACGCCGCUGCCGGCCGACGCGGACGCCGCCGAGCCCGAGGCCGCGGUGGAGGCCACGCCCGAGAACACGCCGGCCAAGGAGCCGCGCGCCGCGCCGCGCGCGCCCGACUCGGCCGCCGUGCGCGCGCUGGGGCGACGCGACGAGCGCAAGGAGCCGUCUCCGCCGGGCGACGCGCUGGCGGCGCGCCUGGCGCGCGUGGCGCUGGAGCGACGCGCGGCGGAGUCGCCCGUGGCCUUCGGCGGCGCGCCUCCCGCGGGCGCGCUGGCCCGGCCCGAGGCGCGCGUGGCCGAGCCGCCGGACGUGGAGGACCGCGAGGUGCGCGAGCUGACGGAGCGCGGGUGCGCCGAGCCCGCGUGGGCGGCGGAGGAGCCCGAGGCGCGCGUGCGCGACCCGCGCGCCGCCGAGCGCGGCCGCCCGCGCGCUCGCGCCGCGCCGCCGCCCGCGCGCCGCGCCGCCACCUGCUCGCCCACGGCGCGAGCGCGCGGCUCCCGCUCCGUGGAGGUGCAGACGGUGGACGUGUGGCCGGCGCCGUACGAGUUUCUUAUUGCCGAUUUCUAUCGCAACAUUCCCGACGAAGAGCGCAUACAGGGAGACGACGCGGAGCCGCGCGGCGCCGCGCCCGAGCCGUGCCGGCGCCUCGACGACUACCUGGCCGCGCUGUACGACGGCCGCGCGCCCGCCGCGCCCGCCGCGCUGGCCGAGCAGCUGGCGCUGGUGCACGCGCAGCUCAUGUACGAGCGCUGGCGCCGCGAGGCGCACGCCGAGCGCACGCGCCGCCUGCUGGGCCGCUGCCGCCACGCGCGCGCCGCCGAGCUGCAGGCCGCCGCGCUGCGGGAGCGCCUGCGCGCCGCCGCCGCCGAGCGCGCGGCGCUGCUGGCGCGCGCGCCCGCCACGCCCGCGCCGCCCGCCGAGCCCGAGCCGCGCCUCGAGGCCGCGCUGGCCGCCGAGAGCGCGGCGCGGCUGCGCGCGGAGGCGGCGCUGCGCGAGGCGGAGGCGGCGCGCGCGCAGGACGCGGCCGAGUUGCGGCGCGCGCGCGGCGAAUCGUUCGAGGCGGCGCGCCACGUGGAGGCGCUGGCGCGCUGCGCGCUGGCGGCCGAGCGGCGCGCCGAGCACGUGCGGCGGCUGCGGCGCGAGCUGCUGGUGCUGGCGGAGCGCGAGGCGCGGCCGCGCGCGGGCGGCGCGGCGGGCGCGGAGGCGGCGCGCGCGGCGGGCGAGGAGCGCGCGCUGCGGGCGGCGCUGGCGCGCGCGGAGGCGGAGGCGGAGGCGCAGGCGGCGCGCGCGGAGGCGGCGGGCGCGCGCGCGCACGAGCUGGAGGCGGCGCUGGCGGCGCGCGAGGCGGCGGCGGCGGAGCUGAAGCGCGGCGCGCGCGCGGCGGCGGAGGCGGCGGCGGCGCGCCAGCGCGCGCUGCAGGACAAGUGCGCGGCGCUGGCGCGGGCCGUGCGCGCGGGCGAGGCGCGGCGCCUGGAGCGCCUGGCGGGCGCCGGCGGCCGGGCGGCUGGCGGCGGGCGCGGCCGAGCGGCGCAGCUAGGGCGCGGGGCGGGGGGGCCGCGCGCAGCGGGGCGGGGUGUCGCAGUGUAG